AUGAAAGUAAAAAGGGCACAACUUCAAGCAUUGCGAAAAGAGUUCGAGUUGCUUACUAUGAAGGAAGGUGAAAAAGUAGACAACUUCUUGGGACGAACCUUGAUGGUGGUGAAUAAGAUGAAGUCCAAUGGCGAGACAACGGAGCAAAGUACAGUGGUUAGUAAGAUAUUGCGAUCAUUGACGGCCAAGUUCAAUUAUGUUGUUUGUGCAAUAGAGGAAUCCAAUGAUCUAAGUGCUCUAAGUAUUGAUGAGUUGCAUGGGAGUCUACUUGUACAUGAACAAAGGAUGCAAGGAUACCAAGAAGAGGAGCAUGUGUUGAAAUACGAGUGCCCUGAUUGGGAAAAGAAAGCCAACUAUGCUGAGUUCGAUGAAGAAGAGGAGCUUGUGUUGAUGUCCUAUGAAGAGCCACACCAAACACGGGUAGAAGAAAGAUGGUAUUUUGACUCAGGCUGCAGUAACCAUAUGAUAGGGAAUAAAUCAUGGUUUCUGAAUUUGGAGGAAGAACAUUGCAGGACAGUGAAGCUUGGCAAUGACAUGCAAAUGAUAGUGGCAACAAAAGGAAGUGUCAGGGUACAAGUGAAGGGAAUAACUCAGGUAUUAUCUGAUGUUUAUUAUAUUCCUGAACUCAAAAACAAUUUGUUAAGCAUAGGAAAACUACAAGAAAAAGGAUUAGCCAUUCUGAUUCUAGAUGGGACUUGCAAAGUGUUUCAUCCAAGGAUGGGACUGAUUAUGAAAACUGUUAUGAGUGGGAAUAAAAUGUUUUAUGUGUCAGCUUUUGAUGGAAGUAGGUAG